GCCGCUUUUCCCCUUUUUUUCCUUUUCUUUUUCUUUCCCCCUCUCCCGCCCGCCCCGCAGCUGGGGGUGGUUCUCGCCUGGCCGCCCUCCCUUCUCCCCUCCCUCCCUCUCUGCCGGCGGGCUGCUCCCUCCCCGUGGGGCGCAGGGGAGCGAGCCCGCCCGCCCGGGAUGCCAUGGCUCCGCCGGGCUCCGCGCUGCCCGCCUGCCUGCUGGGGCUGCUGCUGCUUGUCUGCCGCGGAGAUUUUGGUCGUUCCUCUGAGCUGGCAUUCGUUGUGGAGCCCAGUGAUGACAUCGCUGUGCAGGAGCAACCCUUGAUCCUCUACUGCCAGGUGGAGGGCAUCCAGCCCAUCACCAUCACGUGGCGGAAGAAUGGCAUGAUGAUCGUGGACAGUGAGAACGCCUUUAUGUUGGCCAAUGGGUCUCUCUAUGUCUCCCGCUUCCAGAGGGUCCGAGGAGAUGGGUCCUCGGAUGAAGGCGAGUACGACUGCAUGGCACAGAACCACUACGGGCUGGUGGUGAGCCGGAAGGCAAAGAUUCAGGCAGCGACAAUGUCUGACUUCCACAUCCACCCUCAGAAUGCAGUGGUGGAGGAAGGUGGUGUAGCGAGAUUCCAGUGCCAGAUCCAUGGAUUGCCUGAGCCAGUCAUCCUAUGGCAUAAGAACAGCAUGCCAGUCAACACAGACAAUGAAAGGUACACGCUGCUUCCCAAGGGGGUUCUCCAGAUAACGGGACUAAGGGCAGAGGACAGUGGGAUAUUUCACUGCGUUGCCACCAAUAUUGCUAACGUGAAGUUCAGCCGGGAGGCCCGACUCACCGUGUCAGGCUCCCACUCCACGGUGUACAAGGACCCCAUGAUUCUUGUGGGCCCGGAGAACCUGACGCUGACCGUGCACCAGACAGCGGUGCUGGAGUGCAUCGCCACCGGCAACCCCCGGCCCAUCGUCUCCUGGAGCCGCCUCGACGGCCGCCCAAUUGGCGUGGAGGGGAUCCAGGUGCUGGGCACAGGAAACCUCAUGAUCUCAGACCUCACAGUGCAGCAUUCUGGCAUCUACGUGUGCGCCGCCAACAAACCCGGCACGCGGGUGCGCCGCACUGCGCAGGGCAGCCUCGUCGUGCAAGCCCCAGCAGAGUUUGUGCAGCAUCCCCAGUCCAUUUCCAGACCCGUGGGGACUACUGCCAUCUUCACGUGCGUGGCCCAAGGGGAGCCCCCUCCCCAGAUCACGUGGCUGAGGAACGGGCAGAUCCUGGAGACCAGCGACCACAUCAAGCUGAAGAAUAACAACAGCACUCUCUCCAUCUAUGGGAUCAACCAGGCGGAUGAAGCCAUCUACCAGUGCCUGGCUGAGAACAGCGCGGGCUCUACGCAGGCCAGCGCCCGCCUCACCGUGCUGUGGGCUGAUGGGCUGCCCAGCCCUCCUCAGGGCGUGAGGGCAGAGACUGUCUCUGCAACCACCAUCCAGGUGUCCUGGGAAAAGCCCCUGCAGAACACCAAGGAGAUCAUCGGCUACGUGCUGCACAUCCGGAAAGCUGCAGAUCCCGUAGAGAUGGAGUACCAGGAGGCUGUUAGCAAGAGCACCUUCCAGCAGCUAGUGACUGAUCUGGAGCCCUCAACCAGCUACAGCUUUUAUAUAAAGGCUUACACCUCCCGGGGUGCCAGUAAGGCCUCAGAAGUCACGGUGGUGAGCACGCUGGGGGAAGUCCCAGCCAUGCCAUCCCUCUUUAUUAAAGUCAUUAACAGCACCACCGUGCAGGCAACGUGGGAGCCUUCCAUCAAACUGGGCCAGCACGAAGGCUUCAAGCUGUAUUACCGCAAAGUCCACCUCUCCCAGUACACAGGUCCAGUGCUCCUGGCCAGCAACGUCACAGCCUACAACAUUACCCACCUGGACGCGUCUGUGGUGUACGAAGUCAAGCUCCUCGCCUACAACCAGCACGGGGAUGGAAACUCCACUGUCCGCUUCGUGUCCCUGAGGGAAACUGUGGAGAGGACAGUGCUGAAUCCUCCCUGUGACUGCAUGAAGGACGAGCAGAACAAUAAAACCUCCACGACCGGCAUCAUCAUCGGGAUCCACAUUGGUGUCACGUGCAUCAUAUUCUGCAUCCUGUUCCUUAUGUUUGGGUACCGAGGAAGACUGCUGAUGUGCAAAAAUGUGCAGGAGCAGCUGUCAACCCCUCAGAUUCCCCGGAGCCAGCGGAGUGCCACAGGCCUUGUCCUGAAUGGGGCCACUCGCAGGGACAGGGACGACCGGGACUUGAAUGGAAAGCAGCUGGAUAUGAACGAGCUGGAGAGGUUAUUCCCAGCAUCCCCAUCCCAGGAGCAGCAGGAGAAGGGAAUAAUGGUAAGUCCAGCAGAAUGGGAGAACAUCUGGCUGUGCAUGGGGAGCUGUCACUGUCACUGCAUUGUCCUAUUCUCUCUCUCCAGUCGGCUCACAGCCUGUCAGCCCCCCACGAUGAAACCCAGAUCUCCACACUCCCUCUGGAUGAGUUCAGCAUCAUUGAAGAGCAGCCAGACCCCCUCCCAGAAAACCCCCAUGGCAGCAGUCCUGCUGCUCUGGCUCCUGACCACGGUCCUGCCAAUGAAGGAUAAAACUGCCAAGACUCGAAGCCUCUUGUAGGAGUUACCAGAAACCAAACCCGCAGCUGGUGAUGUCUUUACGAGUUGUCAAUCUCAGGUCAAUUGAAGAUUUCUAUGGUCUGAUUGUUAUUUUUUUGUUUUGCUUUAUUUUUAUAUAUAUAUAUAAAUAUAUAUAUAUAUAUAUAUGUAUGUAUACAGCCUUUUGGAAACUCUGUGAAGUUUAUCUUUCUGACCUCUCUCGAGCCUCUCAAUGUUGUUUCUUCUG